UUUCACCACAGCAAGAUGUGCGCACAAACCCUACUCUUUAAAGACAGCUCGACCUAAGGCGCGCCAUAGAAAUCAGGACAUUGGACAGCGACACCCGGCCGAUUUCAGAACCUCCAACCCGGCGGAAAGCACAGAGUCCCCGGUUCUCGACUCUCCUAUCAGAGCGCAAUGGGUUGCAGAAGCUCUGCUAUUAAUGAUAAACUUAACUCACUCUUCUACCCAGUAUGGUAACAGUAUCGAUACUGAGGGGACCAACGCGAGUGGCGGAUGCCAGGGUUGCGACAGCCUUGACAGACUAAGAGCCCUAUCACAUUCACUAUAAGUACCAAGUCAGAAAAGAACACAAGCGUCGCGUCAGAAGUGAAUUGACAGGUUAGACACACCAUGGGGAUACGGCACCUUUUGCUGCUCCUCAUAUACCUGGAUCCCCUGAGCGUUUUCUGCGCCGCCACGGGAGGCAAGAAAGUGAAGACGGAGACCAAGAGGACUCCCAAGGCAAAAGAAGCCAACAUCACCGCGGCGGUCCCCACCGCUGCGCCGCAGAAGAACACGACCAAGGACUACGAUAUGUGCACGGGUUACUACGACGUGAGCGGACAAUUUGAUAGAGAGUUUGCGUGUAACAACACUGUUCACCGCUACUGCUGCGGGUCCUGCUUCCUGCGGUUCUGCUGCCAGGAAAAAGAAAAACGAGUGGAUCAGUCAAGUUGUAAAAACUACAACACGCCGGACUGGGUGAAAACGCCCCCCCCGUCGCCAGCCUCGACGGGACAGCCUUUUGACCCGAGCAUGGACCAGACGAACACUGCGGUGUACAUCACCUGUGGGAUCAUAGCAUUUAUUUUAGUGGUGGGAGUUUCGGCUAAAGUUGCCUACGACAAAGCCACAGAGCCUCCUCAGGAAAUGAAUAUCCAUAGGGCCCUUGCAGACAUCCUGAGGCAGCAGGGGCCCAUUCCCAUAUCUCAGUACGACUGUGAGAACUUUGCAGCGAUGAACGGCUCUCCCAAAGACAACACUCCUCAACAAACCUCCUCCAAGAACCACUACACCCCUGUCCACCAGUCCAAGUCCAACCACGGUCUCCAAUACGGGAAGGAGAGCAUCCGCAGCAGUGGGGGUCACGACCUUCAUACUUUCAUCUCUUCCGGGUUCGUCACGCUGGGUCGCGGCCAGCCCAAAGGAAACGGAGGGCCGAGCCACGCCCCCAUUCACAUCGAUGGGGCUGUAGUGGAGCUGGUGGAGAGCUUCAAGUUCCUCGGUCUCCACAUUACUAAGGAUCUAUCAUGGUCCACACACACCAACACAGUUGUGAAGAGGGCACGACAAUGCCUCUUCACCCUCAGGAGGCCGAAAAUAUUUGUCAUGGGCCCUCAGAUCCUCAAACAGUUCUACAGCUGCACCAUUGAGAGCAUCUUGACUGGUUGCAUCACCGCUUGGUAUGGCAACUGCUCUGCAUCCGACCAAAAGGUGCUACAGAGGGUAGUGCGUGUGGCCCAGUACAUCACUGGGGCCGAGCUCCCUGCCAUCCAGGACCAGGCGGUGUCAGAGGAAGGCCCUAAAAAUGUACAAAGACUCCAGCCAACCAAGUCAUAG